AUGCGCAGGGACCUCGGCAGCGAGGCAUUAGUGCGCCGGCACCGCGCACGGGCGCAGCUGUGGGUCGCGGUCGCGGCGCUUACCGGCACCAUCUGGCUCUUGUCCUCUUCCUCCGUUGUCCUCUUCGGCACCCACAGGGUCCAGGAUUUUGUUGUAGAUGAGUUGUGGAGAACUGCAGAUUCAAAUGGUUGGAGAGCAUCUUUUGCACCACACACCUAUUGGCCUCCCCCACCAACUGAAUCCGAGAGCAAUGGGUACUUGCGUGUCCGAUGCAAUGGUGGCUUGUCCCAACAACGAAGUGCAAUAUGUAAUGCUGGCGCUCUAUCCAUGGAUUCCGGCAUUAGCUCGAAACGCUCAGGACAAAUUAGGUCUCGGCCAAUGGUGGAGAAGACGGAGUACAGGGAUGAGCCGCUCGAGCACGGUUUGAUGGGAUGUUCGCGCGCAAGAUGCAGAAGUUCGCUAGAAGGAAAAAGAGCUGGGCGUCGAGGAGGAGAAGAAGGUGGUAUGCAAGGUGCUUGCAGGCCCAGCAGCAGGAGGCCGUCCUUGAGGUGCUCCUCUGGAUGGUUCAUUCCGGCGCUGGGCCUACGUGUUCAAUGCUGCCCUCACCAUCCCCUUCUUCCAUUGGCUCAUCGGCCCGUCAGAGUUCAAAGAUCUAAUACUCCGCACUGCCUCCUGUCCAUUUUCAGAUAUAUAUAUUUAUAUAAGGUUUAUCGUCACCCCAUGUAUCAUAUGUUGUUGAUCGACCAGGUUAUUGAGGUGGAGGUCAACGGGGUGAGGCAGAGAAGUGGAGUGCUCAUAAAGAAACGAAGCAGCUGCCUGGACUCGCUGCUGCCGCCGCCUCAGUCGCUUCCGCCUAGGCAUCCCGUCGCUAGCAAGGAGCAACUGUUGCUAUUGGGACUGGUGCUUGUGUAG